AUGCGGUCCGGUCUAAAUAAACCCGGCGCACUCCCGCUCCUCGCCCUGGUUGUGUUUUCGCUGCUCACUUUGGUCCCAUCGCUGCCAAAUCUAUACAACUCGAAGUUUGCGGACUUUAGCUUCUACACUGGUGCAGCUCGUCAGCUCCCUCUUCUCCAAGACAGUGUGAACGAAGUACUACCAAGAGCACACGCGCUCAGCGAGCCUCGUAAAUCAUGGAUCCGCGCAGCAACACCCCGAUCGCGAUCCAAUCACCCCCCUCUCACCGCACGCCUCGGUCCCGCCACGAUCCCAGCUAGCGAGACAAUCGCCGUCGCGAAUAAAAGUCGACUUUCCUCCAUUGCCCGCGAACCAUCGUUCCUAUUCGGUCGCCGGGCUCGCGCAUUUAGAUCCUACUUCAUCCAACAACUAGACGACUACCCAUUCCUCACAUCCUUCUCCAAUCGCAGUCUACCUGCAGAAUCAACACAUCCCUCCUCCACCAUCGCAAUCAACGACUCCCUACCAACCUCCGACAACUCCCCCGCGACCCUCGACCCACCCGAUCAUCUUUCCGACAGCAUCCAAGACCCGCUGCUGCCGUUCUCCGCUUUCCUCCUCGACAUGUGCCAGCAGGCCUGCCAUGUCGCCAUAGACAUGGGAAAGCGCGUCGGACUUCGCGGAGCAGAGUACGCCAGAUCAUUACUACUCCCGGAACAGCCGCUGGAUGCUCCCGCAAAAUUAAUACGUCCAUCCAUCGUGUCAAAACAGGACCAAUUCGUGGUAUCCGAGGAAGGGAUGUCGCAGCAGAAGGUUGGCGCGGAGGAUUCUACGGAUGCAGCUGCUGGGCUACAUUCGCAGGAACUUCAUGGGAGUAGCAUGGCUGUCGUGAUUGGUAUUGUUGCGGGCAUUAUGUGGUUUUAA